AUGGUUUCAAACAAUGUUGUUCCGAUGAAGUUAGAAAGUUCUGACAGAAGAUAUGUAGUUGUCAGAACGUCAGAUUCUCAUAUGCAAGAUACAGAAUAUUUUGACGACUUAGCAGAAACUUUGACACCUAACUUUUACAACCACUUGUUCUCAUAUUUCAUGACAUUAGAUAUUUCAAAGUUCAAUCCAAGACAAAUUCCACAUACCGAAGAGAGACAAACAUUGUUAGAAGCAAACAAGAGUGUAUAUGAACUGUUUAUAGAUGAGACUAACUUUGAGUGUUUAGAUGAAAGGUCAUUGUACGACUCGUAUAAACAGUAUUGUCAAGAAUAUGGUUAUAUGGCAGCUUCUAAACGUACAUUCUUGGCAAAUGUCAAAAGUCUUUUAGAUGUUCAGAAUGGUGUAUAUACAAAGAAAAAUUUUUAUGAGUAA